AUGCGAUCCGCCGUAUUGCGCCGUAGCCAACAGGCCUUGAAAAAUCACAAACCACCCACCCGCCACAACUUCUCAACAACACUCUCUUCCUCCUCCUCUUCAAUUCCGACCGUCUGCCAAUCAUGCAGAAGAAAGCUCGCUGAACCAGCAAGUCCAAGUACACCUCAAAGACGAUGGCAAAGCUCCACCGCAAAUUCACAAGCAACAACCAAUAUCCCCCCACGAGCCAGCGCAGUCCCCCAAACACACUACGAGUUCUUCCCCAAGACGCUGCCUAAAGGACCCCCGCCCUCAGGCCCUUUCCACAUCGAUGCGCGCGAGCUGCGCGCAGAAUUCCUGCAACUCCAAGCAGUAGCGCAUCCAGACCGACACGGAGCGCAUCUAAAACUCCGCGCAGAAGCUACAUCCGCGCGGAUCAACGAAGCCUACAAGACGCUCCAGAACCCGCUGUUACGAACACAGUAUCUGUUGAGUCAGCGGGGGAUCGAUGUCGCGGAGGAUGAGACGGCCAAGACGGAGGAUGCGGAGUUGUUGAUGGAGGUUCUGGAUGCGAGGGAGGAGAUUGAGAAUGCCCAGGCGGAAGAGGAGUUGGUGGAUAUGAAGAGAGUCAAUGAGGAGAGGAUUAGAGUGAGUGAGGAGGUGCUUGAUGGGGCGUUUCAGAGGGAUGAUAUGAAGGUUGCGACGGCGGAGGCGGUUAGAUUGAGGUAUUGGGUUAAUAUUAAGGAGAGUCUUGAUGCGUGGGAGAAGGGCAAGCCGGUUGUGCUUGUUCAUUGA